AAGUUUUCAGAACACCCGGCAUUUGGUAGAGGAAAGGUCUCUUGAGCUUUGCAAAAGGAGGAAUUAUUUGCAUACUGGCGCUUUAGCUGUGGUAAAACACUUUCCAUGCUGAAGAUGGACCAUGCAAAUGUGACCCAAGCUAUGCUUGAUGCUGAAUCCCCCAGCACAGAGAAGAACAACAGCAACGAGUAUUUUUACAUUCUGAUUGUCAUGUCUUUCUACGGGAUCUUCCUGAUAGGAAUAAUGCUUGGCUACAUGAAAUCCAAAAGAAAAGAGAAGUCAUCCAAUUUGCUUCUGCUCUACAAAGAUGAGGAGGGAGAAUGGGGGGAAGCUGUGAAGCCCCUCCCGACGGUAGCGGGGCUGAGGUCGGGGCAGCUGCCCAUGAUGCUGAACAUGCUGCAGGAGAGCAUGGUGCCGUCCCUGUCCUGUGCCAUCUGCUCCAUGGAGGGCAGCAGCGUCAGCUCCGAGUCCUCCUCCCCAGACGUGCACUUCACCAUCCAGGAGGAAGUGCUGGAUUCUGAACUGGGGGAAGUGUCAGAAACGCCCCUCAACGGGAGCAGCGAGGGCUCUGUGGAAAACAUCCAUAAGAACUCCUAGCACUCGCAGGGCUCCCCUGCUCAGCUGCCAAAGUGUGAGUGGAGCUCCCACUGAGAACUUGUGGCUCUGCUUUUCUGCUCUCCAAUGAACUCUGAACAGGUAUCUCUGCUCUGGGCACAAGGUGUUCCUGAGAGCUGGCAGGACAAGGAAGCAGUGGUACCCAACUGCAAAGUGUAACUUGCACAUAAUUGGGUUUCUUAAUUUUAAUUUUUCCAUUAUUAUUUCUUGCUAUGAAAGCUAAGAACGUGGUGAAUAUAUAUGUAUUUCUAACGAGGUAAUUAUUACUGGCAUGUCUCUGCAUAUUUCAGAAUUCUGUAAAUAUCUGGGAAACGUUUGGGGAAGUUAUCCUCUUGCAAAUGCCUGAUUCUUAAAGAUGAUGGGUAAUGCUCAUUCACACAAAGCUGUGAUAGACUAGAAAUACUCUCACUGUGUUUUUCUUAUGACAAACCACAGCCAACAGCACAUCUGCUCAAUGAGGCUUCGAAAGCUGAAAAUUUGUCGAUGCUGUACUUGAAGGGAGAUUGCAGCAUGGCUGGAGACUGACUUAAGGUACAGCAAGAAUGAAAGACAAGGCAGUAAAAAAGAGGCACUGAGUUCCUGUGCAGUUUGUAAAGCCUGGCUCCAGACCCACGACACUUAUCUGAGUCUUGGUUAGAGUUGUAGCUGUACUGGCUGGGCCAGGUUCACCACCUCCUGCUGCAAUCCAACCUGUGACUGAGUUGCUAACAGGGAAGGGGGUUGAGUUUUUUGCUUUUGUAUUUUUUAAAGACGUGUACAUUUGGUCUCUAGGCAAAGAUCUGUAAGUGAAAGGAGAUGUUAAAAGAUCUUUGUUACAGGCUGUAAGAUGUAGAAAGGCUCAAACAGAUGCUGCUCUGUUACUCCCCCUUGAAAAAUAGGUGGAAUUCUGAUCGGAAUUUAACCUAGCAAGGGUGGAUUCCUGGCCCCACUGAAAUCAUCAGCUGAGUCAGGGACCAGCACAAGAUUUUGUGCUUCUCUGUUGGAGUUAAAUUCUCUAUUUGAGGUCAGUAAAAUCGUAGCCAUUUACAUCAUUAAAGAAUCUAGACUUUUUGCUCUAUUUAAGCCAGUGUAGGUAAGCAUUGUGUUACACCUUUUUAAAAAUCAGCUGACAUGUGACACAUGCAUUUCUAUAAAGCUAUUAGUAACUAGUUUUUAAAACCACCACAGACUUCCCCCUUCCCCAGUUAAUGGUACUGUGACAUUUUUCAAAUGCUCAUGAAAUUUGUUGCUAAAUUAUUGCACUUUUAAAAGAAGUAAAAAUUAACACAAAGAAGAAAAUUAAUAUUUC